GGGUCAAAGUCUUAGCAGCGCAUACUUCUAGGGUGGCAGGAUGUGAAACCCUGGCAUUGGUGAUCAGAAGGUUCCAGAUAUACUUCCCCAUGGCUGGGAUGCUGCAGCUGUCAUGGCUGCUCAUCUUCAUCGUCGUCCUAGUGGAGUUGCAGGGGGAAUCGAGCAAAGCUCAAAUGGCACAGCCUCGCAUGACGUCAGACGAUGGUCAUCUUGUCUUCGUAACUGGUGACAGCAAAGAUAUCCGGUUUCAACCUUCAGCGUCGGGCCGAGUUAAAGUUGGUGAUGAAGACCUCUCUCUCCUUCUGAGUCAGAUCAAAACCAACAAAGAAGACAUUGAUGACAUCAAGUCACAUGGAGGAGGAGUUCCACCUGAAAUUACCAACAAGCUCAACCAACUCGACACUAAGGUGUCAACCCUGGAGGGUCAAGUAACGGAAAUUCAACAGAUUGUACAGCGGGUGUCUUGCAGCAGUAAUCCCUGCCAGAACGGAGGAACAUGUCUGAAUUUGUUGAACUCCUACCACUGUUUGUGUCCCAGCAACUGGGCUGGCCAUAACUGUGCAACGGAUGUGAAUGAAUGUCAGGUGUAUUCAGACACGUUGCAAGGUUGUCAGAAUGGAGCCACCUGUGAAAACAAACCUGGAUCAUUUACGUGUAAUUGUUCUCCAGAGUGGUCUGGGCGGCUCUGUACUGUCCGUUAUGAUGACUGUAGGAAUGCAGGACAGGACCUGUGUGUACACGGUUUAUGUAUCGAUGCAGAUCGGGUGGUACCUGGACAGCCCAAAUACCAGUGUAUCUGUGAGAGUGGAUGGGAGGCUCCGGCUGGAAAUCCAGCAUGUGUGGCUGACGUAGAUGAGUGUAGUCUUCCCUCCAAGCCUUGCUCAACCAACCCUGCCGUUCCCUGCUACAACACCCAGGGCUCUUUCUACUGUGGAGCUUGUCCUGCUGGCUGGCAGGGUAACGGCUACAGCUGUCAGGAUGUGAAUGAGUGUUUGACCAAUAAUGGUGGCUGCUCCAUCACUCCAAUGGUUCAGUGUCUUAACACCAUGGGUUCCUUCCACUGUAGCUCCUGCCCUGCUGGUUAUGAGGGAGAUGGGAGAACAUGCACACCAGUUAAUAUCUGCUCUUCCAACAAUGGAGGCUGUCACCCAUUAGCUACUUGCUCUUCUAACCAAGGUUCCAGCUUCCCAGUAUGCACCUGCCCACCAGGAUACAGUGGUAAUGGUUACGGCCCGACUGGUUGCUCUCAGAUUAGUGACCGCUGUCAAACCAACAACCCUUGUGUCAACGGAGAGUGUGUGAGCACUGCUAGCCCUCCUGGGUACCUUUGUAUCUGCAACUCCGGAUGGCAAGGUCCAAACUGUGACCAGAACAUCAACGAAUGCCUGAGUAACCCCUGUCAGAAUGGAGGAACCUGUACUGAUGGCAUCAAUGGAUUCACAUGCACCUGCACUUCCCAGUGGACCGGUUUGUUCUGCCAGACUCCGCAGCAAGAAUGUGGAGGCCAGCUCACCGGUCCUGCUGGUUCAUUCAGUUACCCGAACACCCCGGGUCACGAUCAGUAUGAUCACCAGGUCAGCUGUGCUUGGGUGAUCCGCACAGAUCCAGAGAAGAUUCUUCGCAUCACUUUUCCUUUCUUUGACCUUGAGAACAGCGCCAGCUGCAACUUUGACUUCCUUCAGAUCCAUGAUGGCGACAGCGCCUCUGCUUACAUGAUUGGGAAAUACUGUGGCCGAAACAAUCCGCCAGACCUUUUCAGCUCACACAAUUCUUUAUACUUUUGGUUUCGAUCCGAUCAUUCUAUCAGCGCUGGAGGCUUCACGGUGGCUUGGCAGUCACAGGACCCAGUGUGUGGAGGUGAACUCUCUGCAGCCUACGGAAGCAUAAACUCACCUGGUUACCCUGGAAACUACCCCCCUAACAGAGACUGCUACUGGAAUGUGAUAGUACAGCCAGGCCUUCUGAUUACGUUUGCAUUUGGUACCUUAAGUCUUGAACACCAUCCUGACUGCAACUUUGACUUCCUAGAGAUUCGAGAUGGCCUUUUACCCGAGGAUCCAGUACUUGGGAAGUUCUGCACCACUGCAUCUCCGCCCCCUCUCCAAACAACUGGCCCGAGUGCAUGGAUCCACUUCCAUUCAGACUUCAGUGUGUCUGACAGAGGCUUCCACAUCACCUACACAACAUCACCAAGUGACACCGGCUGUGGAGGUACAUUUACUGACAGUGAGGGCAUCAUCAUCUCUCCCAACUGGCCCAAUAACUACGCCCACAACCGCCAGUGUAUCUAUCUGAUCCGGUUACCUCUGAAUGAAAAGGUGGCGCUUAACUUCACCCAUAUGGAUUUGGAGAACCACGGCCAAUGCUCUUUUGACUAUGUAGAGGUACGAGAUGGGAGAAUGGAAACCGAUGCUCUGAUAGGGAAGUAUUGUGGCAGUUCCCUACCAGCUCCCAUUGUCUCUUCGUCCAACUUUCUAUGGAUUCGCUUCAAAUCAGACAGUUCGGUUAGUCGCGCUGGCUUCAGGGCUGUCUACGCUGUCGCUUGUGGAGGAACAUUAUCUGGAACUGGACACUUCCAGUCUCCCUACUACCCUAACCCCUAUCCCCACAACAAGGUGUGUGAGUGGGUGGUCACCCAGCCCGAGGGCUACGUCGUCACCCUGAACUUCCUGGCUUUUGACAUCGAGGGCAGCUCCUGCAGUUUUGACUUUGUUGAGGUCAGGGACGGAUCUUCUCCCAGCUCUCCCCUACUGGGGAGAUUUUGUGGUAUUGCGAUUCCUCCUGUUCUCCAGUCCUCACAGAGAUCCAUGUACAUCCAGUUCAGGACUGACUCGUCGGUCAGCAACCACGGAUUUGAAGCAGCUUAUGACUCCGCUAUAGAGGGCUGUGGGGACACCAUGACGACUCCUUCAGGCACCAUCAGAAGUCCCGGUCACCCCAACAACUAUCCCCAUGGAGCUAAUUGUACCUGGUACAUUAGUGUCACACCAGGGAACCUAAUCCGGUUGUCGUUUGAUUCAUUCAACCUGGAAUACCAUACUAACUGUAAUUAUGAUUACCUUGAAGUAUACGACAACGGCACGGUGCAGACUGGAAACAAGAUCGGCAGGUACUGUGGGCGUUCAGUGCCUCCAUCCAUCACAAGCUCUGACAACCAGCUGACGCUGUUGUUUGUGACCGACUCCAGUUUAAACACUGAAGGAUUUUCUGCCAGUUAUGUCUCUAUAAAUGCCACCACAGACUGCGGUGGGACCUUCACCUCCUCUACAGGCUCUUUCAGCUCACCCAACUAUCCACACAACUACCCAAACAGCAGAGAUUGCAUCUUUAAGAUCAUCGUUGAGAUCAACAUGCAGAUUAUGCUGAACUUCACAAGUUUUGACUUGGAGGGCUCACCUCCAUCAUGCAGCUUUGACUUUGUGGAAAUAAGAGAUGGCGGCUUUGAGACAUCUCCUCUGAUUGGUAAGUUCUGUGCCACUCAGAGGCCUCCAGUAAUAGUGUCCAAUAGCAACCGGAUGUGGGUGAGGUUCCGCUCCGAUGCUAUAAUCACACGCCCAGGUUUCAAUGCCCACUGGGAUGGAAGUCAGACAGGCUGUGGAGGGACACUGACUUCUUCAUCUGGAGGGUUUUCCUCACCAAACUACCCUCUGCCUUACCACCCUAACGCGGAAUGCUACUGGACCAUUAAGACCAGUCAAGGCAGCCAGCUCCUCCUCUCUUUUUCUGAUUUUCACCUGGAGUCCAGCUCGUCCUGCUCAUUUGAUUAUCUAGCGGUAUAUGAUGGAAACAGCAGCAGUGCACCAGAACUGGCCAAACUGUGUGGAGCAGAACUCCCAAGCACCAUCAACUCCUCCAGAAAUCAGCUGUUCGUUAAACUUCGCACAGACAGCAGUGUCAAUGCUGGAGGUUUCCUCGCGUCGUACAGCUCCAAAUGUGACAACGUACUGAUCUCAGGCCAGCGCACAGGAGUGGUUGAGUCACCCAAUUUUCCAAAUAACUACCCAGUCAACUCCAUGUGUAGCUGGACCAUCCAGGUCAGCAGUGGAAAUGUCAUCAACUACACCUUCGCUGCCUUCCAGUUAGAGGGCAUCUCCAGCUCCUGUAGUUUUGACUACAUCCAGCUCUAUAAUGGGCCAAACCAGCAAGCUCCUUUGAUUGGAAAGUUCUGUGGGAAUUCACCUCCACCAGCCAACAGCACUUCUGGCUCCGCCCUCACCUUGGUUUUCAGAACCGACUCCAGCAUCUCCAUGUCCGGGUUUCAGAUGAUGUGGUUCCAAAGCGGUUGUGGUGGGGACCUUUCUGGCCCCAGAGGCUCCUUCAGCAGCCCUGGCUAUCCAAACAGGUACCCUGACAACACGGAGUGUGUCUGGCACAUCACCUCAGCCGCUGGCAGCAGCAUCACCCUCACUAUCCACGAGUUUGAUGUGGAAUUCCACCAAGACUGCAACUACGAUGUCCUGGAAGUUUUUGGAGGCCCAGACCUGUCCGCUCCUAAGCUGGCUAAACUGUGCAGCACCACAUUAAACCCAAUGCAAGUCUCCAGCACCGGGAACCUUCUCACCGUGCAAUUUAGUUCUGAUGCCUUUGUCAGUGGUCGAGGGUUCAAUGCAAGCUGGGUACAAGUUCAGGGAGGCUGUGGAGGCCCAGUUACAGCUCCAUCAGGGGAGAUUCAUUCUCCCUCCUAUCCCAACACUUAUCCUAACAACGCUGACUGUUCCUGGGUUAUCAGUGUGGAUCUUGGUCAUCGUGUUCUCUUCAACUUCACUGAUCUGGACAUUGAAAAUCACAGCAACUGCCUCUGGGAUUAUGUGGCUAUCCAUGAUGGUCCCAGCAUAUCAUCUUCUCUGCUGGCCCAAGUAUGUGGCACCAGCAUUCCUCCCCCCAUCACCUCCACCACGAACACCAUCUAUGUUCGCUUUAGGUCAGACUCCAGCCUCAACCAUCGGGGCUUCAGUGCCAGAUUCUCUGAAGCCUGUGGCACAACUAUCUUAACAGAUGACAUUGGAGGGGCCUUUGCAUCGCCACGAUACCCAUCACCCUACCCGCCCAAUCAGGCCUGCAGCUGGAUCAUCAGAGCACAGGAACCAUUCAACCAUGUGACACUGUCAUUCACUGACUUCGAGUUGGAGAUGAUAAACGUCAACUGCUCACACGAUUCUGUGGAGAUCCUUGAUGGCGACAACUCCCAAGCACCAUCUAUAGGAAAAUUCUGUGGCUCUGAAAUUCCCCAUCCAGUGACCUCAUUCAGCAACGCUCUGGUGGUAAACUUCAUCUCGGACUCUUCCGUCUCUGGAAAAGGGUUUCGAACGACAUACUCAGCUUCCACGUCCAGUUGUGGCGGAGAUCUGGUGAUGCAGAGCGGAGCUUUUAACAGCCCUAACUAUCCAGAUGCAUAUCCACCUAACAUGGAAUGUGUGUGGACCAUCAGGAGCUCACCAGGAAACCGUCUGCAACUCUCCUUCAUCACGUUUCACCUGCAGGGAGACUCGAGCUGUCAAAACGACUACCUGUUGAUCAAAGAAGGCAACUCCACCGGACCUGUGGUUGGUCGUUUCUGUGGAAACACUCUCCCAUCUAACUACACAUCUGUGAUUGGGCACAUCCUAUGGGUUCAGUUUGUCUCAGACCAGUCAGUUAGUGGAGCAGGAUUCAGAGCCAUCUUCUCACAUUUGUAUGGUGUUGACGUGACGGGAGAGUCUGGUCAGAUUGCAUCCCCGCUCUAUCCGAGGUUUUACCCCAACAAUGCUGACUACCGCUGGACUAUAACUGUUGAAGGAGGAAGCUAUGUUCAGAUCAGCUUCCUGGACAUGGACAUAGAGGACCUGUAUGACUGCUACUAUGACCAGCUUAAGAUUUUUGAUGGCCCAGAUGUUCAUCACUACAGUCUUGGAACCUUCUGUGGUCUGAACCUGCCGGGUCCACUUAGAAGUUCAGGAAGCACCGUCACCUUACAGUUCCGUUCGGACUCAGUGGUGGCAGGACGUGGCUUCCUUGUGGAAUGGAUGACUGUUCCCAACUCUGGACCACCGCCUACUAUCACACCAGGAGCAUGUGGUGGACAGCUGAUGACAGGAGACGCUCCUGGUUUCCUGUUUUCCCCUGGAUGGCCUGAGAACUACCCCCCUAACCAGGAGUGCACCUGGCUAAUAAGGUCUCCAAACUCUAUAGUAGAGUUUAACUUCCUGUCUGUUGACUUGGAGGGCUCCCCACCCUGCUACUAUGACAGCAUCACCGUCAGAGAUGGUGCAUCCAGUCUGUCACCUGUCCUGGCCAGUGUGUGUGGUCGGGAAGCUCCAAGUCCAGUCCAUUCAACAGGAGAUUCCAUGUUCAUCCACUUCUCCUCAGAUGGCAGUGUCGGCGGCCAAGGCUUUAACGCCUCCUACUCCAAAGGUUGUGGUGGCCUCUUGCAUGUGGACAGAGGUGUGCUGAGCAGUCCUCGCUACCCAGAGAACUACAUGCCUGGUCUGAACUGCAACUGGCAUGUAAUGGUUACCCCAGGCUUUAGGGUCUCUGUGACCUUCCACAGCGUCUUCCAGAUUCAGGGCUACGGAUCUGGAUGCAGCUCAGGAGACUACCUGGAACUCAGAAAUGGUCCAGAUGCUUCGUCUCCACUGCUGAGGGAUCGUGCAUGUGGUUCAAGUCCUCCAGGCCCCCUUCAGACCACUGAUAACAACCUCUUUGUCAACUUUGUUUCUGAUGCCAGUAAUGAAGGCAGUGGCUUUAAGCUGACAUUCGAAGCCCACAGUCAGGCAUGUGGAGGCUUCAUUGAGCUGAGUGAUUUUGACCCCCCUGGAUACAUCACUUCCCCUAACUACCCCCAGAACUACCCCCAGAACAUCGACUGUAUUUGGGUGAUCACUGUGCCCAAUGGGGAAGCGGUCCAAAUCGACUUUGAGGAUGAUUUCUACAUCGAACCCACAACCAACUGUGUCUUUGACUACUUGGAGCUCAGAGAUGGCUCAACAAUCGGAUCCGAUUUGAUUUCCCGGCUGUGUGGCAGUACCCGACCAUCCACACAACAUUCAAAGGGUUCUUCCAUGUUGCUUAGGUUUCGUACAGACACCAGUGUUGCACACAAAGGAUUCAAGGCUAAAUAUUCCAUAGCGAUCUGUGGAGGAACCUACAUUGGUCAAACAGGUGUAAUCCAGAGCCCUGGCUUCCCAGGGCAGAAUUAUCCUGCCAGCUCCAGCUGUGAAUGGUACCUUGAAGGACCCACAGGACACUACCUGACACUGAGCUACGGGAACUUCAGCCUGCAGGAAUCCUCAGGAUGUUCUGCUGACUAUGUGGAGAUCAGAGAGUACAAUGCUUCGGGUCGUCUACUAGGCCGGCAUUGUGGAACUAAUCUUCCAUCUUCCGUUGACACGUCUGACAGUUUUGCUUAUGUGAAGUUUGUGAGUGACUCCAGCACAAACGCAGCUGGCUUCAGGCUGCUGUUUGAGGCGAGCAUUGAAGCUUGUGGAGGACAGUUGAACGCUCCUUCGGGAGUAAUCUCCUCUCCCAACUACCCCAACUUAUAUCCACACAGCCGGGUGUGUCGCUGGGAGCUGGUGGUGACCCCGGGUCGUAGGGUCACGCUCACAAUUGAUGACAUGCAGCUGGAGGGCUCUGGGAUUUCCUGUUCCUUUGACUAUGUUGAUGUGUUUAAUGGUUUGGCUGCUGAUGCACCUCUCCUGCAGCGGUUCUGUGGUUCUGUUCCAGCAGGCACUCAGAUUCAUUCCUCCAGUAACAGCAUGGUAGUUGUGUUCCACACCGAUUCAUCCGUCUCCGCUGGCGGCUUCCUAGCCUCCUACUCCUCUGAUCAACCGGCAGAAUGUGGUGGCCUUCUAAAUAACCCAGCUGGAGGGAACUUCACUUCACCUGGCUACCAAGUGUCCAACUACAGUAAUAACCUUAACUGUGAGUGGCUUAUUGAAAACCCGCGCCACAUCAACUCCUCCAUUGUGGUGAUAAUUGAAGACUUGCACGUGGAGCACCAUCAGACCUGUCAAUCAGACUACCUGCAGUUCCGUUUAGAUGACUCAGACGGGGAGCUGUUAGCAAAGAUCUGUGGACAAACCCCCCCUCAGAUUCCCAUCGUUGUUUCUACGCCGAAGCUUUGGGUCAAUUUUAGGACAGACUCAUCCCAGGGAGACCGAGGCUUCAAGGCCAAGUACUCAUUUUCUGAAUGUGGUGGCUGGCAGACGGGUGAAGGAGGGGUGCUAUCUAGUCCGGAGUAUCCCAACAUGUAUCCAAGUCCCAGUCGCUGUGCCUGGCUGCUCGAAGCUCCUCUUGGCCACACAAUCACAUUAACCUUCAGUUAUUUCAAUCUGGAGCCUCACACCACAUGUGGCUGGGAUUCUGUUACCAUCUUUAAUGGAGCUUCUCCCGGAUCACCAGUGAUGGGCCAGUACUGUGGUAGCACCUCUCCUGGGACUGUCCGGUCAGGGUCCAACAGACUUGUUGUGGUUUUCCUGGCUGACCACAGUGUGUCUAGAGGAGGAUUUUUGGCCUCCUGGUCUUCUGAUUCUACAGGGUGUGGUGGGAUGAUUCAUGCUGAUUCUGGAACAAUUAAGUCACCAAAUUAUCCCCAGAACUUUCCAGCCAAUGUGGAGUGUACCUGGCAGGUCAUUGCCCAUGAGGGAAACCACCUAGAGAUGAGCUUCAGCAAUGACUUUGAGAUUCCAGACUCUACUGGGACCUGCCAGAACAGCUACGUCAAGGUGUGGUCAGGCCAAUCCCAACAAGCUGAGGACCUCCUGAUGACAGGCUGUGGUUCAGUGGCACCAGUAGAUGUUGUUUCACCAUUUAACACAAUCACAAGUCGAUUCCAGUCCUCUGGAUCCCCUGGAAAAGGAUUCUCUGUCUCUUUCAGUACCAGGUGUGGUGCAAACUUCACAGCAUCCAGUGGUCGUGUGGUUUCUCCCAACUUUCCAGCUGACUACCCUAACCAGUCUAACUGCAACUACACCAUAGAUGCUGGAGAGCAGACUGUGAUCAUCCUAACCUUUCAGGUCUUCCAGGUAGAAGCACACUCCACCUGCGUGUUUGAUGGACUCAAGAUCUAUAACCUGGGUGGUAGCACUGCUAUUGCUACGUUAUGUGGUAGCAACAUCCCUGGUCCUUUCUCCACCUUUGGCCCCAUGUUACUCCACUUCUACUCGGAUUCGGUGAUCACCAGCAGUGGCUUCAUGGCUCAAUACACAGCCAUUCCAUGUGGAGGAGUUUUUAACAGCACUGCGGGUACUGUGAGUAGUCCCGGGCUCUCCAUGACCAACUACCACCACAACAUCAACUGUACCUACCACCUCAUCGUCCGGGAAAACAGAGUGAUGGAUCUGAAGUUUAAUACCUUCCAUCUGGAGGCUUCUUCCUCGUGUCUCUUCGACUAUGUGGCCGUUUUUGAUGGACAGAAUACUCUAGCCCCGCUUCUUGGAAAGUUCUGUGGCACAGUGCUCCCACCAAAUCUGCGCUCCUCUACAAACCAUUUGUUCCUUGUCUUCAGAACAGAUGCCUCAGUGAAUGGCAUAGGCUGGAGAGCAACUUACAGUGAAACCCUAGGUCCAGCUCAAGGCUGUGGUGGUUACCUUUCUAUGCCCAUGGGAAUGUUUGGUUCACCAGAUCCAAACCUGGAUGGACGUUAUGAACCCAACAUGAACUGUGUGUGGACCAUUGAGAUGCCAGUGAACAAGGCCAUCAACCUGACUUUCGAGUCCUUUGACUUGGAGACUUCUUCUACUUGUGCCUAUGAUUAUAUCAAAGUGUACGAUGGGGGGAACAUGAACUUCCCUCUGGUUGGGACUUUCUGUGGACUCUCCAUCCCAGCUCCCUUUUUGUCAAGUGGGAACUUGCUAACCAUUCACUUUAAAACCGAUGGUUCAGUACAGAAGACAGGAUUCAAUGCUACCUACAGAGCAGUUCCAUUGAUGUGCGGUGGGACUCUGAACGCCACCGUUUCAGCACAGACCCUGACCUCACCCUCCUUCCCCAGCGCCUAUCCCCCUUACACGUCUUGUCGCUGGAUCCUCGAUGCUCCACCUCAGGAGACCUUGAAACUAUCCGUCCAGACGUUUGUCCUCCAACCAAGCCAGAGCUGCUCUACCAAUUACCUGGAGAUGAAGGACUGGCCUUUGGGAGACUUUGGACAGUCACAUAAGUUCUGUGCAUCAGAUGAUCAUCCGCUAGACUUCUACAGCCACAGCAGAACUGUCCUGGUUCACUUCAGAUCUGACGCCUUCUUCACAGGAAAUGGACUCAGCUUCACUUUUCAGAUAGCUAACUGCAGCAGGACACUUGAACAGGACUUUGGGUACCUGAAGAGUCCAGGAUGGCCAGACAUUUACCCCCACAAUGUGGACUGUACCAUCAUCCUGAAGGCUCCACAGAACAGCUCCAUCUCUUUAUUCUUCAACAGUUUUGAUCUGGAGAGCCACAGCAACUGUAAUUUUGACUUUCUGGAGAUCCGUAAUGGGAGUACAGCUGUGUCUCCUCUGAUUGGUCGGUUCUGUGGCAGCACUCUGCCCAGUCCCGUCUUCCCACAAUUCAAUCUGCUCUACCUACGCUUCAAGAGUGACUUCUCACUUGCUCGAGAUGGCUUUGAUGCCACGUGGACGUCAUCUCCUCAUGGUUGUGGUGGCACGCUGUUUGGAGAUCAUGGCUCGUUCACCAGCCCCAACUACCCAGGAACAUAUCCCAACAGUACUCAUUGUGAAUGGGGCAUUAUGGCCCCUCGGGGUCGUGUGGUGACCAUCACCUUUGCCCAGAUUAGUAUUGAUGACCCAGGAAACUGUCAGGACAAUUUCCUCAAGUUGUACGAUGGCUCUGGCCCAUCGUCGCCGCAGAUUGGACCUUACUGUGGAUCGGAAACUAACGUCGCUCCAUUUACGGCCUCCUCCCAUCAGGUGUUUGUGGUUUUCCAGGGACAGUACUCCACCCUGCCUUCAGGGUUCAGACUCACAUGGAGCAGCUAGAUCACACACACACACACACACACACACACACACACACACACACACACACACACACACACACACACACACACACACACACACACACACACACACACACACACACACACACACACACACACACACACACACACACACACAGGAUAUGUUAAAUCAUGUUUAAAGUUGAUCAUCUACUGUUUCAUAAAUAAAUCUUUAGAAUAUUAAGAUAAUAAAAUAUUUAUGAAGUGCAGAAA